AUGACCAAUCGCCCUCUUUGUACCACCCCAGAUCCCUACCUACCAGCAGCCAUGGUGUCAUUCUCUUGUGAAAACUGUAACGACACAGUAGUGAAAAAGAAGUUAGACCAGCAUCAACAGCGUUGUCACGGUGCCUACUUCACCUGCAUCGACUGCUCCGUAACCUUCUACAACAACGACCAUAAGAAGCACACAAGUUGUAUAAGUGAGGCUGAAAAGUACGAGAAGGCGUUGUACAAGGGACCAAAGAAGAAGCAACAGCAACAGCAGCUAAGGGCUAUACCAGCACCAGUACCUGAACCAAAGAAGAUCGAGCCUACUCCUGAACCUAAGAAGGCAUCCAAGAAGGAAUCAAAGGACUCAAAGAAAGAAUCGAAGAAGGACUCAAAGAAGAGCAAGUCUCUUGAUUUGUCCAAAUAUUUGAAAGCCGGCCAACUGGAAAACUUAUACAAAGUCAUAAAGAAGAUUUCAGACGAAAAAUCCCAGGAUAAGAAAGAUCUCUUAAAGAAGUUAUCGCUUGUCUUAGGCGAGGAUGGAAACAUCUCUGUCAAAUUGAAUUAA